UUCAAGGUGGCAGACAGUGGCAGGUGGCAAACAGUGUGACAGGCGCAGGGCGGCUUGGGCGGCUUGUCAUGACAUAUAAAUGUGUUGUGUGGAAAAAUAUCCAGAGAAAACGUUGUCCAUCGUCCCUACGCGGUCGUCGGGAAGAUGCAGAUGCUACGGCAGCUGGACGUGCAUCCAAAAGUGCGCGAGGAGGCUGAUAUCCUCGUGAGAACCUUCAGCGGCGCCAUCGCUUACGACCAAUUAAGAUCGGAAUAACUGUGAUAGCAGUGGAGCAGUGAUGCCCUAAGUGCUAGGAAUGAAAACAAGGAAUCCCAAAUUUUAAUCUUAAGUUGAUUUAAUUUUUUUUGCAUUUACAUUAGUAUUUUUCUAUAGUUUAUCCAAUAAUUUUAGUACAAAUGGUUAAUAUUACUGUAUUUUCUUAAAUUUAUAACUUAUUGUUUUUAUUACAACUUUGUAAUACAUAAUUGAGGAGCUAUUUGUUCACAAAUUCAGUUGCUGAUAUAAUUUUUUUUUUUUCUUUGAGUAUGAUAAUGAAUAAAGCGCAACUUGAUGUGUCGGACCGCGUUACGAUAAAAAUCGCCGACCUCAUAUCACGCCAAUGCAAAUGAAAUAAUGAUGCUUUUUCAGUUACAAUCAUUAGUACAAUCAUCAUGGGCAUACUGUUUUUGUCAGAGGUAAACUAUUAUCUUACACCAAGUAUGAGCGAGGAAUUAUUUGUAGAUACAUCCAGGGGUUCUAAACUGAGAAUCAACUUGGAUAUAAUAGUCCCCGCUGUAUCUUGUGAUCUUUUAUCAAUAGACGCCAUGGACACGACAGGCGAGCAGCAUUUGCACAUAGAACACAAUAUUUUCAAGAGACGGUUAGAUUUGAACGGCAAACCAAUAGAGGAUCCACAACGAACAAAUAUUACAGACGCGAAGGCUGUCAGUAAAACUACGGAAAAGGCAGUGGAGAUCGGUUCUACCACAGAGACUUGUGGCGAUUGCUACGGAGCAGCCACAGACACUAUGAAAUGUUGCAACACAUGCGAGGAUGUAUGGGAGGCCUAUAGGCGCAAAAAAUGGGCGCCACCGGAUCCAGCUGAUGUUAAACAGUGUCAAAAUGAUAAGUCCAUGGAAAAACUCAAGCAUGCCUUCACGCAAGGCUGUCAAAUCUAUGGUUAUAUGGAGGUGAACAGAGUCGGUGGUAGUUUUCACAUCGCUCCAGGCGUCAGUUUCUCAGUCAAUCAUGUUCAUGUGCACGAUGUUCAACCUUAUACUUCGUCCCACUUCAACAUGACGCACAAGAUCAGACACUUGAGUUUCGGGCUCAACAUCCCCGGAAAAACGAAUCCUAUGGAUGAUACAACCGUGGUCGCCAUGGAAGGUGCUAUGAUGUUUUAUCAUUAUAUCAAGAUCGUCCCAACAACAUACGUUCGCGCGGACGGCUCGACUCUUCUUACGAAUCAGUUCUCCGUGACGCGGCACGCAAAGCAGGUAUCCCUGCUCACCGGCGAAUCCGGGAUGCCGGGUAUAUUCUUCAGCUAUGAGCUGAGUCCGCUGAUGGUCAAGUACACGGAGAAGGCAAAGUCAUUCGGUCACUUCGCAACGAACACCUGCGCAAUCAUCGGCGGCGUCUUCACCGUCGCCGGUCUGAUCGAUUCGCUGCUCUAUCACUCGGUGCGCGCGAUACAGAGAAAGAUAGAAUUAGGAAAAUACAAUUAAACAUUUUAGGGUGCAGCAGCAGCAGCAGCAUCCGUUUACCACUGAUCCCAAAACUCUGACCUCCUAUUCUCAUUAAAAUUGACAUGUCUUAAAUUUUUAAAUAAGCGAGGCGAGUCAUUGAAUAUGAAUGAGGAUUAGUGUUAACCGUUGAUGCAACGCGGCCUUAGGCAAAUAAUUAGGCUACGAUUAAUCAAGAAAAAGUAUUACUAAAUAUUCGAUUUUUUCCAAUCAAAAUCAAAUUUUUUGAACUUUCAUCGCGCGACUUGCGGUAUAACUAUUCUCAUCUCGUGUUUAUAUUGAAAGUAUCGCAAAUUUGUUUAACAAUUUGUUGUUAUAAAUGCAAUUGAGAAUACUUUACAGUAUCUUUAUACAAUAUAAAAAAAGAAAUAAAUUAUACAUAACUUAUUAGUAAAUAACGGUUACGUUAUUUACUUUUUCACUUUUUAUUUAAAAGACAAUAAUUGUAAUUUCAACGGAUGCGAUGUAAAAAAAAAUCUAUUUAUAUAUGAUGUACAUAAAAAUCAGCAAAAUAUACGAAAGCCUACUGAAA